GUGUGAGCUGAAGUGGCCUUGCCGAGCGCGAUUCACAGGAAUUAUUUUGAGUUUCGACAGAAAGCCGUAGCCCGUGGCUGGAAAUCGGCCCCGAUUGCACAAAGCCCGUCCUUGGCCGGAGAAGGAACGAACGAGAGAGAGCACCGAAUAAUUGCAGCGGUCGGGGGUCGAGGGGAAAUGGGGAGCGAGCAGACUCUCUGGGCGUCCAACAUGCAUGCAGCCGCGGAGGGCGCGAAACAGAAACAGUCAGUGGCGAUGAUCCAGCGCACGAGGUCGCCGCGGCGCCUCCGCUGACAACCCCCUAGCCGAUGCCGCUUCUUCUGCACCGACAGCGCCGGCACCUUCGCAAAUGGGUGCUCCACAGCCAUGAAGAUUUACUUUGUAAAGAUGCAAGAUGAAGAGAAAAAUAACGAAGCUUACGGAGACGUCGAAGAAGACACAGACAAACAUUUGGUCCGCGUGCGUGCUCAGGUGAUGACUCGUGAUGACAGCACAGGGGGUUGGGUGCCAAUGGGAGUUGGAGGACUCUCAGAUGUCUCGGUGCACAAACGAACCCUGCUGGCCAUGCAGCUGCCCUCGUGCAGCAGCAACGCAUCAGAACGCGGCAAGAGUGCCCACGAGUACCUUAUCUUUGCCAGGAGAAUAUCGGAUGACGUGGUUGUACUAAGUUGUUCCAUCAACAAGGACUUCGAGUACAACCGCGUCAUGCCCACGUUUCAUCACUGGCGCACGCGAGACUCCAAAUUUGGCCUGACCUUCCAGACUGCUGCGGACGCCCGCGCCUUUGACAAAGGCGUCUGCACUGCUGUGGAAGAGCUCCUUGAAGGCUUGCCUACUUCAUCGCCUCCUUUUCAAUCCUACAACCAAGAUGCCGGAGAAGAUGAUGUCUUUAUGACGCUUAAUUUGCCGGUGGAGAGAGGAGACUCGCGCUCCUCAUCGGACUCAUCGACACGCGGCGGGCUCAACAACCGACAUGACUCGCUGAUGGAACAAAAACACCGGCUCAACUACCUCGCCCGCCAAACAGAGAGCAGCAUAGAGGGCGACAGCAAAAUCAGCACCGUGGCCAAGAGUUCGGACCCCUGGCUGCGGGCAGCCGUGGCGGCGGCUACUUCCGAGGGGAAAAUCCCCAGCCCGUCGAAAGAUUAUUUGGAUAUGGCCCACAUCGACAAUUACUCGUAUGUGCAGCUCUCUGCGAUGCAUGAGUACAACUACCCCAUGCUUGGCGGCCUUGGCUGUGACUCCGAGACAAAGAAAGACUUGGAGUCCGGCUUGUUGCGCCAAACGUCAAACAGCCCAAAGAAGCAACCUAGCUGCUCGCAAGAAAUCUCAGGACAGGGUCCCACCGCCCCAGAGAAAGUGCGCAAGAGGAGUGGUGGUGCUGUUUUGAAAAUUCGAUGUCGCUUUUGUCAAGAGUAUUUCUCAGAGGAUCAAAAUAAGCGCGGAGCUUGUGAGCUCGCACCCGACCAGGUGCAGGGCUGCAUUGAUUCAGUGUCCUGCAUGUCGGGCGCUCAGUGCAUGAUGUACCACUGCAUGUCUGACCAGGAGGGCGAAUUUGCGCAGCGACCAUGUGAGUGCACUGGUGUGGGUCAAGGUUGCGGCCGGCGUUGGAUGGGUCUGGGGCUUCUGUCAAUCCUGGUGCCCUGCCUGUGUCUCUAUCCGCCGCUCAACUGCUGCCACUGGUGUGGGGUCAAGUGUGGCCUCUGCGGCGGUCGGCACGCGCCCUACCAGGCCAACUAGCGCAGUUGGUUUUUAGUCACUCCUCUCUAUAACACACAGACUUUUACCGGAAGAGGGAAGCAGAUUUUCUGUUUAAUGUAAUAAGAAGAAACGCCGGUUUAUGUUUCAGAAAAAAUUCUGUUGAUUACGACGGAGGCAAAGUGGCGAGCUGCCAGUGGGCCACUAGAACUGCUUAAAUUAAUUCGCAAAUGUUCUGUGCCAAAUUAAGUUCGGAGAAGUGAAAUCAAAAAGUAGUUUGAUUAUUAAGUUGCUGUUAUUUUUGUUAACAAGUGCAUUUAAAUUGAAGCUAACAUGUUCCCAAAUGCCCACUGGAGCCUUGCUAAAGGGCCUCCGUACUCUUGAGCAUGUGUACAAAUCAGUAACCAGCAAUGCUGAAAAAGAAUAAGAGGUGAUAAAUGUUACAAGGACUAUGGUGAUUGUUUCAAGUCAAUGAUUAAUUAAAAGAUCUCUGCAAUUCAGUAAUAUACUUUUCUAAGGGCUCAGAGAAAAGUAUAUAAUUGAUGAUCUUGCAAAUACAAAAUAAUAAUUAUUUUCUGGUUUAAAGAGAAAAUAUUGCACAAUUUUGUGACAGAUUAUAAUGUUAAAUAUUUUAUGAUUUUAGUUUUUAAAUUUCUGAAUAGUUUCUAGUCAGUAUUCUGGCCAUUUACGGUCAUGUUUACUGUGAUCAUACAAAUAUUUAUUUUUAUUUGUUUUUCCUAAGUUGAUUUUAUUGUUCUGCAGGUUAGAGAAGUGUUAAAAAAAGUAAGUGGCGGGUGGACCAUCAAACUAUUUAUUGUCUCAUUAAUCUCGCUCGCCACUUGACUUUAAAAAAAACCCAACAAAAUGACCAAGAACUUCUUUGUUGGAGGAAGAAUAUUUAUUUGUUUGCCAAAUAAGCGCACAUAAGAGUAUGAUUAAACAAGACAAGAAGAACCCAAAAGAUUGUCUUCUUGAAAUUAUAAUGAGCGGGAGAGCACUGAAAUGCAUUUAAUUCUCAACACAGAAAAUAAUAACAUUCAGUAGAGACACACAAAAUGUUGUUCUUUAUAUAUUUCAGUGUUGUCUUUAUGAAGACGGAAAGAAAAUUUAUAAGAGAAAUGCAACUUAAAAAAAGUUCAAUUUUCUUUGUUGCCAGGGGAUAAGGUUGCUUUUACAAGCAUUUGCUAUAAAAAGAAACUAUUUGAAGGAAAUACUUAAAAUUUAUUGAUAAAUGAUGUAUGUGGAAAUAUGAGUGGAUCCACUCAAGAAAACCACAAUGAAAGUCUAUAGGAUAAUUAUGUUGGAAUUGCGUUCACAAAUUAACUCAAGCAGUUGCAAAUUUUAAAAAUGACCGUGUUUUAAUUUACAAGCGAAUCAAAAGAUCCACCAUGACAUACACACACACAACACAAAAACCGAGAGAGAAGAACCCAAUUAAAUAAAAGAAAACGCAGAAAAAAUAAACACGAGACCCCUGUAAGUGUUAACUGUAGUCAAAGAGGAGAAUGUAAAGCUGCAGCUUCCAUUUUUGAUUAUUACUAUUACUCUGGGGUCAGCGACAUUGGCCGGGGCGGUCCGGGAGCUCUCUCCAGGCGCCCACCUUAGGCUCAGGGCUUGAGUGACGUCUCUGGCUUCACUCAAGCUAAAGGUGCCGCCCGCCCGCCUGCCGUUGUUGCAGGACGCCGGACCGUCCCGUCCUAGACGCGCUCGUCACCCCAAAUACUUGUAUUCAGAAUAAAGCCGCGUGCAGUUUUUGAACACAUAUCUGUUGGUAUAAUUGUUCAAAACAGGCAGCAUUUCGAUGAGUAUAGAAAAAGGAUGUUCCGUGGUCGUCGCAGAGGAAAAGAUAUGUUUGACUCGAAAAGGCGUGAUCACGUGCGUUCUUUGGUUCUAAUUUUUCUGCAAGGUUGUACCUUAACGUUUGAAAAAUUUAGAUCUUUAUCUCAUUGUUGUUGUUAUUAUUUCAAUUUCUCAAAAAUUAAAUGAAUCGUACAAGGCGCAGUGGAAAUAUUAUUGAUUCAAGAUUUUUAUAUAAAUUGUUUAUCACAUGAUUACAAAGGCGGUGAAAAUUAUGCAAAAUGUGUGCUGGCAUUCAUUUUUCUGUCAGUUUCUUGAUUAAACACUGUUUCUUGAGUCUCAUGUAUAAAUUUACAGGCCGAAUUUGGACUUUGAAAACUUAAUUAUGAGCAGCAGUUAUCUUGAGCAUAGGAAUAAAAAGUAUAAAUUCAUUGACAGCUGCCGUUGACAAUAUAUUGUAAUCUUUUUGUAUUUAAGAGUAAUCGUGGUUUUUUAACACCCUUGGCCACUACUAAAAAUGAAAAUAAUACUUUUUGUAUGUCAAAUAAAAAUGGUGUAAAUCAAGAAUAUCACUGAGGUUUUAAUAAUUCUUGGCACCAAGUCCCACUUUGUGAAAUUUGGAACAAAAAUUGUUUUGUGCAGUUUAUAAGACUGGGUAUGUCUGAACAGUGAAAAUUAAGUUAUUCCAAUCUUUUUUUUCUAUAAACGUGAUAAAAAUGUAAUAAUAGAAUGAGGAAAAAUUAAAGGAAACGAAGUUUUCCAAUCUUAUUUGAAA